CCCGGAGCCCCCGCGGCCUGGCCCCGCCCCCGCCGCGGGAAGGGGGAUAUGAAGAGGAGCCGCUGCGGCUGCCGCUGCCGAGCGAGCAGACAAGUUGCUGGGGACGGACAGGGGCGCCCGGGAGCCAGCGGACGCCGGGCAGAGAGGCUCCCGCAGGCGUGACAGCCGGAGCGCGCUGCACCUCCCCGGGAGGGAGCACGUCCGCCCCGCGGUGCCCAGCGAUGGGACCCACCGUCCCCCCAUGAGCGCGGGCGGGCGGCGGGGGCUUGGCGGAGUGGCGGGAGCACUCCCCCGGCUGGAGGAUCCGGCGGCACCUUCUGCCUGGGCUAGUGCCCCCAGCUCGCCUCCUUCCGAGCCGCUGCUGGCCCCGCGCGGCGCCUCUCCUGCCUGCCCGGCUGUCAGGUCCGCGCUGAAGACGGGACCAUUCGCUGCACCCACCAGCCCCCAGGGCCGGAUUACUGGGAACUGGAGGGAGCCCGAGAAGACGUGGAAGGAGAGGAAAUAAGGCGAGAGGAGGAGGAGGCGGUGGAGAGCUGGAAAUGUCCCUUCCCUGUUGCAACCUGGUUAGAUACCUGUUCCCAGCCCUGCUUCUGCAUGGGCUGGGAGAGGGUUCUGCCCUUCUUCAUCCAGAUAGCAGAUCCCACCCUCGAUCUUUAGAGAAGAGUGCAUGGAGGUCUUUUAAGGAAUCACAGUGUCAUCACAUGCUGAAACAUCUUCACAAUGGAGCCCGAAUCACUGUGCAAAUGCCUCCCACCAUUGAAGGGCAUUGGGUCUCUACUGGCUGUGAAGUUAGAUCAGGCCCAGAGUUUAUCACAAGAUCCUAUAGAUUCUACAACAACAACACAUUCAAGGCCUACCAGUUUUAUUACGGUGGUAACCGCUGCACAAACCCUACUUACACCUUAGUUAUCCGUGGUAAAAUUCGUCUUCGUCAAGCAUCCUGGAUCAUCCGAGGGGGAACUGAAGCAGAUUACCAGUUGCAUAACAUUCAGAUCAUCUGCCACAGUGAAGCAGUAGCCGAAAAACUAAGUGAGUUGGUGAACCGUACAUGUCCUGGAUUUGUACCAGACAACAAUCCCUGGGAGCAGGAUGUGAGCUACAAUUUGUGGAGAGAAGAGAAUGGCUGUGAAUGCACCAGAGCUCUUAAUUUUGCCAUGCAUGAACUUCAACUGAUCCGAGUAGAGAAGCAGUAUCUACAUCAUAAUUUAGAUCACCUAGUGGAGGAGCUAUUUCUCGGAGACAUCCAUACUGAUGCUACUCAGAGGAUGUACUAUCGGCCUUCUAGUUACCAGCCUCCUCUUCAAAAUGCAAAGAAUCACGAUCAUACCUGUAUAGCAUGUAGAAUCAUUUACCGGUCAGAUGAGCACCAUCCUCCAAUCUUACCUCCAAAGGCCGAUUUGACUAUUGGAUUGCAUGGAGAAUGGGUGAGCCAGCGCUGUGAGGUGCGUCCUGAAGUCCUCUUUCUCACCAGGCACUUCAUCUUCCACGAUAACAACAACACCUGGGAAGGUCACUAUUAUCACUACUCUGACCCCAUCUGUAAGCACCCCACCUUUACCAUCUAUGCCAAGGGGCGCUACAGCAGGGGAGUGCACUCUUCCAAAGUGAUGGGAGGAACAGAGUUUGUGUUCAAAGUAAAUCACAUGAAAGUCACCCCCAUGGAUAUAGCUACAGCCUCUCUACUGAAUGUCUUUAAUGGGAAUGAGUGUGGAGCAGAGGGAUCGUGGCAAGUUGGAGUACAACAGGAUGUUACUCACACCAAUGGCUGUGUUGCUUUGGGGAUUCGCCUACCACACACAGAGUAUGAAAUCUUCAAAAUGGAGCAGGAUGCCAGAGGUAGCUACUUACUGUAUAACGGCCAGAGGCCUAGUGAUGGGUCCAGUCCAGACAGACCAGAGAAGAGAGCCACUUCUUAUCAGAUGCCAUUAGUUCAGUGUGCUUCAUCAGCACCGAGACCUGAAGAGUCACCAGAGGAGAACAAAAUAGGCCGCUAUAGUAGCAGGGCACCAGAAAAGGACUCCAGUGUAUUUGUCCUUACCCUGAUGCUGUUUAUUUGUACUAUGUCACAUUGGAACAUUCUCAGUUGAAAGGAAAAAACUAUUUUUCAUGACUACAAAACCAGGAUUCCAUAUGACAGAGUUUUUCUUUUCAGAAAGAAAAGGACAUUUAUUUUCUUGAUGCACUGGAAUGCCUGAGAACUGUUGUUCUUUUCCUUAUUUUUUUCCCCUCCUUGAAUCAUCAACGGCACUCGUUUGAUGUUUUUGCUUUGAACUUCGUCCAGUCUGAUCCCUGGCCUGACAUGACUGCACAACCGUAAUUGCACUUUACGACUGCAGACUUACUUGGCUUUUUUAACUACUAGGGUAAACCUAAAGAUCCUGCGUCAGUUGGCUCUGCCAUGUUGCUGUUGUGGUUCAUUUUCCCCCUAGCACUCAGUUUCUCAUCAGAAUUUAACUGUCAGGAAUCACUCUGUAUAGUAUUGUGUUAAUACUGUGAUAAUGGCUUUUGUCUUAUUCUUUAGGACUCUGCUGUAGAUAUGUACAUAUAAAGAAACCCCACAAGGAUCUAUCUAAAUACAAUCUUACAGGUUUUACACAAAAGAAAAAAAAUAUACAAACUAUCCUCCUGUCAGAAGGUAAAUGGAAAAUUAUCUCUAAUUAAGUAACAUUCAAAGUAAUUUAAGCUAUUUUUACAUAUAAUUGUUUAACUUGUAAAAACAACCAAAGGUUUAGUGGGAUGUAAGUAUUUUUCUCAUUCAGUUACAUUAGGUAUGCAAUUGCUUCAGGCCUCCCGUUGUAUCUACUAACUAGUUACAAUAACCCCCCUCCCUCUCCCUUUAAAAUCAGAUAGAGAAAACAUUUUUUCAUCAGGUAUGCACAGUUAGGGUUACCAUACGUCUGGAUUUUCCCGGACAUAUCCAGCUUUUUGGGCCUCAAGUCCCCAUCCGGGAGGAAAUCCCAAAAAGCCAGACAUGUCCGGGAAAAUAGGGAGGGAGGGCCCGGAGGUGUCGGGCCGGGGCCAGGGCUGGGGCCGGCGGUGCUCGGCCGGGGCCGGGCCUGGGGCCGGGGGUGCUUGGCCGGGGCCAAGUUGGGGACGGGGACAGGGUGCUCGGCCUGGACGGGGAUGGGGACAGCGGUAUUCGGCCGGGGGCAGGAGUGCUCGGCCCGAGCCGAGCCGGGCGGGAGACGCCAGGGCCAGAGCCUCUUGGCCUGAGCCUGCCGGCCGCCAGAGGGAGCCGCUCGGCCAGAGGGGCCGGACUGGGCCGCGCUGCACCCCGCCCCAGAACCCAGCCCCAGCUUACCGGCUGCCUCCCUGUUUCAGGCUUCCCGCAAACAUUUGAUUCGCGGGAAGCAGGAGAGGGGGAGGAGCAGGGAGUGGAGUGUUCAGGGGAGGGGGCACAGUUGGGGUGGGGACACUGGGGAAGGGGUGGAGUUGGGGCGGGGCCGGGGCCCCGUGGAGUGUCCUCCUUUUUUAAAACUAAAAUAUGGUAACCCUAUGCACAGUAUAUGUAAGUUGCAGAAGUAUUAGGGGAUUGCUCCAUGUUGUUGUACUCACUACCCCUUAUACCCUCUCUAUGCAAUGUUCCUGCCUUGAAUUUCAUUUUAUUAGGGGUGGACAAAAUAAUGAAGGGGCUGGGGCCAUAACACAAAUCAUUUAAAAAAAAAAAAAAAAAACCCUCUGCUAAAGAAGAGUAAGAAUUGUAAAGUGGCAGUAGGUACAAAGUAAAGAAGGGAUUCUAGCAGCACACACAUCAUCCAUGGGCCAAAUCAUGUCUUCCUCCUUUCAACUUAGAGAACAGAGAAACAGCAGAAAAUUUGAAAGGAUGGAGCAAAUUUCAUCAGAGGGAAUGGGGUUUCACAAAUACAGAGCACUCCUACCCUUCCUUUCAGUACAGAAGCCCCUACACAGGGUCACGUUGAGUUUCAGGCUCAAUGUUUGCUUGUCUUCAGUAUUACAUGGCUGAGAUAGGAACAAAUCUUCAAAAUUACGAGUAAAAUAUGCAGUCUCUAUUCUCUACAAGAUGUAUGCAGUUAGGUCACAUAUGCAAAUGCGUUAGCUGAGAAUUGCACAAGUUAUUGAUCCUUUAAUUUCAUCAAACUCAUUUAAGUUGGAUAGCACCAUGUACACCUAUGGCACAAUACAAAUAUAUUUCAAUCUAUAGUUUGUGUGACAUGGCUCCAUAGCCUGUCAGCCUAAGGUGUUAAGACUCAGCAAUGGAGGACCUGUGAAUGGAGUAAUUUAUAUCAUAUAGGUUCAAAUGUUUUUAAGAAGUGAAAGGAUAAAGCAGGGGGGUUUUCCGCAACCGUGCAACUUGACACUGGAGUUCUGUAGCAACAUUGUUACAUUCCGGCCCAGAAGAAGUUAUUGCACCCGAAAUAAAAAACCCAGAAUAUAACCAGCAAGAGAAAGAAGCUGUUGUGCAAAUCAUUUUUAAAAACUAACUUCUCUCAAAGCACAAAAGGGAACAAAGGAAAAAAAGUGAUCAGAAGUAAGACUCCUUGUUUGUUUCACUACAGUUUACACAUUGUGCCUGCUGUUGUAGGUCAGAACAUGACAGGAGUCCAUAUUUUGAGAUGUAACGUCAUCCUUGCCAAUGUUGGAGUGUAUUAGCUUAAAGCCCAGGAUUUUAAAAAAAUAUAAUUUUAUUUUUGUAAAGUUAUAGAAAAUAUUUUUCUUCCCAAUUUAGUGUUCCAGAUUAAACUGCCAGGGAACUUUUGAGCACUUGUUAAAAUACUGAUUGAAAUAAAAGAACUAAGAAUUCCUCAGUAUCUUAUCUGUAA